CUCAAAAAAAGAAAAACAACAACUAGGGUUUGUUUGAAAAAUUGUUGAACUGAAUACCGGAGACCCAGCCAGCCAGCCACCAUAAACCCUAGUUGAAGGAAAAUAGAAAUGGUGAUGAGAGCUGUGACUUCAAUGGCAUUCGGCAAAUCCAAACACCUGAAGAAGAAUCUCCCCUUCAUAUUUCUCCACAGCCCCAGUAGUUUUUCUGAUAAGGUUUGGGAUAAUGAAGCAUCAUCUGUUAUAUCGCAUGGAACAAGAUACCUUCCGGGAGGUACCUUGUGGUGUCAUUCGACUCCUCCUCCUAUGGCUAUGGUUCACAAAGUUCUAGAGCCAACAACGAGAUGUGAGACCGACACUCCAAGUGAAGCUAGACCGAAGAGGAAAAAGUUAAAGGGAAAAAGAGCGGUUGUAAGGUGGUUAAAGUUCUUUAGAUACAAGAAGAAGAAAGAUUACUCAAGAAUGACCGCUGAAGAAAAGAUUCUAUUCAAAUUGCGAAAGGCUCAAAGAAAAGAGAAACAAUUAGUCGAAGCCUUAAACAAGAUCGAACCAAAAGAAUCAUCAGAAACGAUCCAUGAUCCAGAGAUACUAACCCCCGAAGAACACUUUUAUUUCUUGAAAAUGGGCAAGAAAAGCAAGAAUUACGUGCCUAUUGGAAGACGGGGGAUCUAUCAAGGUGUAAUUCUUAACAUGCAUUUACACUGGAAAAAACACGAGACCUUACAAGUUAUAAUAAAAACAUUCACUCCAGAUGAAGUCAAAGAGAUGGCUGCAGAGCUUGCAAGAUUAACUGGUGGAAUCGUGCUCGAUAUUUACAACGAUGACACUAUCAUUAUGUAUAGAGGGAAGAAUUAUUCACAGCCGCCUACCGAGAUCAUGUCGCCUAGAGUUACUCUACCUAGGAAGAAGGCGUUAGACAAAUCAAAAUAUAAAGACGCACUUCGUGCCGUUAGGAGAUACAUACCUAGACUUGAACAAGAUCUUGAACUUGUUCGUGCAAAAGCUGAAAAUGAACCAGGGGUAUUUUUGGAAACACAAAUAUCCGACACUGAAGUUGUUGAACUUGAACCUGAAGAAUUUUCAAGAAUACAACUUGAAGCUAAAGAAAAGCUCGAAAAAGUCAUUGCGAAAAGUGAUAAAUUUCAAGGUGAUGAUGACGAAGAUGAUUCUGUGACGGGUUCAGAGCUAAUAUCGGCUUCAGAAGAUCUGUCUGAUAUAUUUGAGACAGAUUGUGAAACAGAUGAAGAGAAUGACGAAAAACCGCUUUAUUUAAACGAAUUCGACAAGUUUCCUGUAGAAAGUAAUGAGGCUGAAGAUGAUGAUUUUAAGGAGCAUUUAAGGCGGAUAUCUGCCAAUUCAAAGAAGGAAGGGUUGGAUUUUGAUGACGUUGAUCGUGUGGUUCUGAGAGCUGCUUCACUUCUAAAGAAGAGAAGAUGAACUGCAGGCCUACCCUUUAAAAUGUUAAUUAGACUUGAUAAGAAUAUUAAUCCAAAUACAUUCAAGUUGUUCACUUUGGGUUUAUAUUACACCUUGCAAUGGCUGCAAAACCUCAACCUUUUGAAUA